CACGCCAUUUCGACACUCAGAAGCGACUAUCGUGCGAAGUCUGCUCAAACAGCCUCUUGCGUCAGUAUGCAGUACCAAAUCCAUUUCGCGAUACUCUUUGUCAGCGGCUUGCUGUGGACCUUAUAUCGGGUUUGGCAGUACAAGCGCGACUCUAAAUAUGCUGAUGGACCUACCCCUUGGCCCUUGGUCGGGAACAUAUGGACGAUAUAUCGACUACACACUGACACGGAACGAGUCCUUGGAGAGCUGGGACGCAAGUAUGGAGACAUUUGCAUGCUUUGGAUCGGUCUUUGGCCAGCCAUUGUUAUCAACUCCGCGGAGGCCGCACAUGAUAUCUUGCAUAAGCGAGGAGCAUUAACUGCUUCGCGGCCCGCUACUAACCUGCGGCUCAAGGUAGGCAGGGGAAGAUUAGUCCUUACUCCUACGGGGCCCGAUUUGAUGAAGCUGCGCAAGGUCUAUCAUAGACUGCUCAACUCAGAAAAGUCACAGAGGUCGAGGAGUGUACUUGAGUCAGAGUCAGUUCUGUUCCUCGACGAACUUCUCCACGACUCCUCUUCCUUUUACGAGUCGGCCGAGAGAUAUGCACUAAGCAUAAUCUUUACAUCUACCUAUGGCGUGCGUCUGAAAAGCGUUCACAAUGAAGUGGUCGCAGGCCUGUUUCGAAUCUGGGACAUCCUUUUGAAAUAUUUUCAACCAGGCACCCUGAUCUUGCCUGACACAUUUCCCAUUCUGCUACGCUUGCCAAGAUGGCUCCAACCUUGGGACAUACUGGCUAAUAGGCUCAUUCAGACUGAGCUCAAGGUCCAUCAAUCAUUCAUCGACCGGUUGAAGGGACUACAUAACUCAGGACUUGCUCCGGACUGCUACGGCACCAGCCUUCUUAAGUGGCAAGAAGCUGAGAACAUCGAUGACGGCAUGGUCCGGGGUAUUCUGGCAAUGAUCAUUGGCGCCGGAUCUGAUACUACUGGUUCCGUUCUGCAGACUCUUUUUAAGGUUAUGGCACUUCACCCUGACGUUGUUGCUACAGCUCAACGAGAACUUGACGCCGUGGUCGGAAGGGAAAGACUUCCAACAUGGGAGGAUGAGCAAACUCUCCCAUAUGUGCGUGCCUUGAUCAAAGAGGUACACCGUUGGGCGCCGAUUGGUUGCAUCGGUAUUCCGCACGCGGCCACGGAGGCUUUCGAGUACAAAGCCAGGAUGGUUCCGAAAGGAACAAUCCUUUUCCCUAAUCUGGUGACGCUGAACAGGGAUCCAGAGCGCUACGAUAAUCCCGAUGCCUUUAACCCCCUUCGGUUUAUAGACGAUGAGCUUGACGCCUAUGCAUGCGCAGUGAAUCCAGAUUGGAAGAAGAGGGACCAUUUCCAUUACGGGUUCGGCCGCCGUGUCUGCCAAGGCAUAAAUAUGGGCGAGGCUUCGCUUUUCAUCGCUAUUUCGCGUAUCUUGUGGGCGUUUGACAUCAAAAGCCGCCCGAAUUGCGCUUUAGACAUGUUUGAGAAGAUCUAUGGCCUUGCAACCAAGCCAAAGCCGUUCAAGGUUUCGAUCAAUGUACGAGACGAGGCAGCGGCACGAAUCAUUCGACACGAGGUUAAGCAGGCAUCGGUUGGAGCGGAAGGAGUCCUGGAUAUGUAGAUCUUCAGAGAAGUCUAGUUUCAAUAC